CGGAAAUUUACGAUCACAAGCGAAGUUAUCAAUCGAUUGAUUCAGCGUCUGCAGUCGAGAGACAUGUCCAAAGCAUACUAUUGAAAACGGCAGGUCGAUAUUUCUGGCAUUAUUUUUGGAGCCAUCACCAUGGUUACCAUGACCUGGUUGCUAGGGUAUCUGUUGACCAUAGUAACCAGCUGUAAAGGUGGCCGAUUUCCUGGUGAAGAGAAAUAUGAGGUCGGAACAUUAGAGGGAGAUGUGCAAAACUGGGCGGUGCUUAUUGAAAACUACAUUCUUCAGUUAGCGUAUGAUGGUAUCAACCAGCACUACACACAGGGUUUCCUGGACAAGGCUAUGUACCAGCCACACACAAAGAAAGGGGAAGACAUUGUACGCAUCGUCAAGGACAAUCUAGCAGACUACUUCGAGCAGAAGAAACUUGCUGCAGAGCGCCUAGUGAAGCAGGUGCAACUCUUGCAUGAUCAAUUCCUGGAAUCAAACGCGAGUGCAAUGGUCGACAAACUUUCACAUCUGCCUCAGGAUGUUUAUGCUGACACUGACAUACCUGAGCGACUGCCACCAGAGAGAAAAUUUUAUCCGUACUUCAAGCAGCAAGUCAGCUGGGAGCAGUCGGCUGUCAAAAUUGCAGAUGAAGUUCCUCGUGAUGACAUAAGCACAAUCAACUCUGUUUUCUUCACUGCAAAACUGGACGAGCUUUUUAAAGAGAACCAGAAAAUCGACCCUACACUGAGGUGGCAGUAUUUUGGGUCAACAACAGGAAUGGUGCGCUUGUAUCCAGGUCGGGAGUGGUCGACCAACUUCGCAGGGUUCUACAAUGAUUACGACCCUCGUGUUCGUCCCUGGUACAUUGCGGCCACCAGUGGACCUAAAGACGUUAUCAUCAUUCUGGAUUGCAGCGAUUCCAUGAAGGGGGAGAAAUUUAGUAUAGCGAAAGGCGUAGCAAAGACCGUCAUCAACACGCUUACGAAGCAAGACUACGUGAACGUGAUCUGUGCCAGGGCCAGCUACUGGGACGAAGUGGGCAAGUGGCAUUUCUACCAGACAACAGUUCUCAGCUGCCAACAGGAACGCAUGGUUCCUGCAACUAUUGCUCACAGAAAGGACCUCAUACGAAACAUAAAAGACUUGAAACCAGGUGGAACCAGUGAACUUGAGAGUGGUUUUGGGAGAGCUUUUGACCUGCUGAGGAGUAACCCAAGAACAGGUUGUCAGUCAGUGAUUGUGUUUGCUACUGAUGGAAUGGACACUGAUGGGGAGAAUGUCAGGUGUGGACCAGGUAAGCAUUGGACAGGUUAUCAGUCAGUGAUUGUGUUUGCUACUGACAGAAUGGACACUGAUGGGGAGAAUGUCAGGUGUGGACCAGGUAAGCAUUGGACAGGUUAUCAGUCAGUGAUUGUGUUUGCUACUGACGGAAUGGACACUGAUGGGGAAAAUGUCAGGUGUGGACCAGGUAAGCAUUGGACAGGUUAUCAGUCAGUGAUUGUGUUUGCUACUGACGGAAUGGACACUGAUGGGGAAAAUGUCAGGUGUGGACCAGGGUACUACACGAGGAGUGGAUAUGUACCGGGGCCAGUGUGUAGAUACAACUGGACAAAAGUGUGGAGCAUUGCUGACCACAAGAACAGCUACUAUCAACCCCAGACGCGUGUCUUCAGUUACCUGAUCAAAGAGGAUGCAGAGAAAUUCCCGGGCAAGCUGGCAUGCAGUCAUGGAGGCAGUCUCCUCAAGCUGGUCACAGGCGAAAACCUCAUCUCUCAGAUGAGUAACUACUUUGAGUUCCUGUCCAGUAACGCCCGCACCACAAAGGCCCUCUGGACAUCUCCGUACUUGGACGCCUGGGGGCUGGGGAUCAUGGUGACCUAUGCUAUCCCAGUCAUCAGUGGCAUCACUGGAAGAACUAUAGGAGUUGUUGGUAUAGAUGCCACUCUUGACAAGAUUGAGAACUUCCUCACAAAGCACCAGUGGGGCACUGUGUACUCCUUCCUUAUCAACAAUCAAGGGGAGACGAUAUUCCAUCCUAAACUCAAACCAAGCACAAAUCUUCUAGAAGACCCGAUCUUCAUCCCAAUCCAGCAGCUUGAGCAGAACAAGAAGACUCUGCCUGAGGAGUUCUCUCUCAUAGAGGAGGCCAUGAGGCAGGGAAAGGAGGGGUCCAUGAGAAUUGAGCGCUCCAUUGAUGGAAAACCACGAACCUACUAUUACGCUGGCCUGAACAACUCAGAGUAUUCAUUUGCUUAUGUGAUUGCUGACACAGAUAUGGAGUUCCUGAGAUCUCAAGAACCCAGCGACCGUUCUUCCUACAAGACAAGUUAUUUUAACCUUCUGAAGCACUAUAACAGCUCCCAGGCUAAAGAAAAGCUUCCGAGCGGAACGUUGGAGAUAAUUGACAUCAAGGAAAAUGAACCAAAAUAUCCUGGUCUGAGAAUCUCAUAUAAAUACUCUACUAUUUUCCUUGCCCCGAUGUCAUAUUGCGAUCCUAUUGAGUAUAUUUAUGAUGAUGAUCUGGACAUGAAGACGGUUGAUGCUCAUCUAUGGAUCAACAGCGAUGAGCCCGACCUUGGUUGUGAGACAGGGAACCAAAAGUUUGAAAAAGGCGUGAGAGCCGAUGUGUUGAUCACUCAGCCCAUAGAAGAGAUCUGGAAGGCCCGUAAGUUUGAAUCCCUGAGCCAGAUCAAGUGGACCAAUGUAGGACUGCGUAGCGGAGUGUUUAGAACAUAUCCAGGGCACAGGUCACGCAGGACAUAUGAUCCAACCAAGCGUCCAUGGUACCGUACAACAAGCGCCCAACCUCACCAGAUCUCCAUCUCCACCCCAUACAUGGACGCUGCAGGUGUGGGCAAGAUUGUCACGAUAUCGCAGGCCGUGUUUGAGGGCAUGAAGGUGAAAUCAGAGAGCGAAUGCUUCAACUUCUCCCGUACAGGGCCCUGGCCUGGGGGCUGCAUGUGCAACCUUGACGUCGACUGCAUUAUCAAGGUGUGUUACCUGAGUAUGAAUGAGGAAGCUGGGGACCACAGGCGUUGUGCAUCAGAGCGUGUCGAGGCCGUGACAGGACUGGACAUCCUGUAUGACGACUUCCAGAACAAGACCAUGGACAGCAUGGAGGCCAGUGACUUCAAGAAGUCCUGCGGUCUCAAAUAUGACUGUCCUGAUGGCGAACCUGGAUGCUUAACCAGGUGCUACCUCUUUGACUCAAAUGCGUUCCUGAUCAUGGACCCAGACUUCCAGACAGCCAAAGACAUCGAGGAGAGAAAGUAUGAGAAGGUGCAGCUGGGGGAGAAGGAGGGGGAGGUGAUGAAGGACCUGGUGUACAAGCACACCUUCAUACGCCGAACAGAGCGGGUCGACUUCCAGGGCUCGUGUCGUAUCACAAAGGAGGAACCAAAGGUGACACUUGAAGGAAUUGCAAAAAAUCCAGAGGAACAAGAUGAUUACAUUCGAAACAAAGGGCCAAUCCCAAAGUUUAACAGCGAGUUUGGCUGCAUACAGGACGUCGUGGGUUACACUGUCAAUGAGUCAGCCUUAGGUCCAAGUGGAAUGGUGACAGGAAACGUUUCUGGCCCCUGUAUGUCUGGGUUUUAUUAUGUUACUACACUUCCAAAGACCAAUCUAUAUCUGCUAGUGAUUGAAAAUUGGAAACAUAACAGGGCGUCACUCUUCUAUAACUUCAACUGCGCAAUCACUAGAAGUGUGGUGAACUCUGGAGCCUACAGGAUCAUCAACGGGACAUGCGACCACAUGGAGUCCUCCACUGUUACGCUUGCGGGCCAGAACAAGUGCCCCUCGCUACGGGAUCUCAAGCUACCAUGUCGCUUUACCACCGGGACCACUCACACCGCCUCACUUGGCAUGAUAGGAAUAACACUGCUGCUGUCUUAUGUACUUUCUGCAACUUAGGUUAAGGAGUUGUGGUAUGAUUGUAUGUCAUUUUAUAAGCAACAUAUAGAAAAUAACAAGUUACAAGUUACUUCCCUCUUGUUUGUAAUAUACUGUAAAACAAUUUGUAUUUAUGGGACAUUUAUUAUCCCCACGCUUUUCAGAGAAAAAGUGGGGAUUAUGUGGUUAUCUCCGCCGUCUGUCCGUCCUAGCCACUAUCUCCUCCUACACUAUAAGCAAUAGAACCUCAUUACUUACACACAUGGUAGCUAUGAGCAUAUUUGCGACAGUGACGGUGACGGAAUUUGGAUCUGACCCCUGGGUCAAAAGUUAUGGGGGUUGGGGUGGGGCUGGGUCA